AUGCAUUGGAAAUCUCUCGCCGGACUGGCGCUCGUUGCGCCAUCUCAUGCUUUGAUCCGAUUCGGAUGUUCGCAGCUCGUCGUUCAGCGCAUUGAUCCCUUGGUCAACCCAGGAUUGGUGCCAUCUCCCCACGUUCAUCAGAUCAUUGGAGGAAACUCACUCAACGCGACCAUGGAUCACGCCAACCACGACCCACCUACUCUGUCAACCUGCACAACUUGCCAGCCAUCCGACGACUUCUCCAACUACUGGACUGCGGUCUUGUUCUUCAGGGCAAGGAACGGGACCUAUCAUCGAGUCCCACAGAAGGCCAAUGCUGGUUUCGAGGGUCAAAAUGGCGGCAUGACAGUCUACUACAUGCAGGACCAGCUCGCCGACUACCAGCAGCAGACCAAGGUCACUGCUUUCCAGCCCGGCUUCCGCAUGUAUGUCGGAGAUGUCGAGGCCAAGACGAAGGCACAGGCGCAGCAGUAUCGCCAGCUCACUUACACAUGUUUGCAAGACAUGAGCACCCGGUUCCCAGAAACAAAGGAUUUCCCGACCGCACCAUGCCCGGCUGGUAUCAUGGCCAACAUCCGUUUCCCCACAUGCUGGGACGGCAAAAACCUCGACUCUCCAAACCACAUGGACCACAUGUCGUACCCCGAAAGUGGCACCUUCGAGUCCCAAGGCCCCUGCCCGGCCUCUCACCCCGUCGCCAUGCCACAACUCAUGUACGAGACAAUUUGGGAUACGUCCGCCUUCAACAAUAAGGAAGACUGGCCCGAAGAUGGCAGCCAGCCCUUUGUGUGGAGUUUUGGCGACACGACUGGUUACGGCACGCACGGUGACUACAUCUUUGGCUGGAAGGACGGCGCUCUACAGGCCAUCAUGGACGACCCUUGUUACGUUAGUUGUUCGUCGAUGAAGACCCAGAGCAUCGAGGAUAUGAACAAGUGCAGCCUAGCUCCUGUCGUCAACGAGGAUCUUGAUUCUUGGCUAACCACAAUCCCGGGCCAAUCGAUGCCUAUGUAA